AUGAAGUAUAUUAUUGAGCAUAUGGAGGAAGGUUUCAGUGAAUGGGUCAUUUUAGAGUAUAGCCAAAUUCUAAGAGAUGUGGGAGCUGAAAAUUUAGUUUUAUCAUCGUUACCAAAGGGCACCACUGAAAAAGACAUACCUAAAAGGUUAUUAAAGCUUGGUUUAAGAUGGACCACGAAGGAUUUGAAGGGAAUUGAUAAGGAUUUUAGGGAUUUGGAGCCUUUAAAGGACGGCAGGGUUUGUUUGUUGGACCCGAGGGCUGCGAUCGACUUACAACCUGAAGAUGCCGCAAAAUUUGAUUAUUUUGUAUUUGGCGGUAUAUUGGGGGACCAUCCUCCAAGAGAUCGCACAAAAGAGCUAAAAACAACCUAUCCUAACCUGCUAAUCAGCAGAAGACUUGGUGAUAAACAAAUGACUACAGACACCGCCAUCAGAACUACACAGUUGAUUGUGAAGGACGAGACUAAAUUUGAAAACAUCAAAUUCAUUGACUAUCCUGAAUUUAGAUUUAGUAGAAAUGAAGCGACAGAAAUGCCAUUUAGAUACGUCCUUGAUAAGGAAGGUAAGCCAAUUUUGCCGGAAGGCAUGUUAGAUUUGAUCAAAGAGGAUUCUGCCCAGAGUUUGGACGAUCUAUUACUGUAG